UUCUUUCCGGAAAGUCUAAUUCUUUAUAUUUUUUAUUCAGAACACUAGCAACAACACAAGUGAGUCGUCAACUAUUUCCACAACAUUAUUCAAUGCCUUCCCCUUACAAACAACCCAAAAAUGUAAUUUUCACUGUACAACCAAUGCCUGGAGAAAAUAAAAAAAUUGAGGAAAAUAUAACCAAUAAAAAAAAAACAACAGCAGCAGAAGAAUGUUGCGUUGAAUGCGGGUGAU